UUCAUUUCCUAUUCAACUCAAAACGGUCCUCCGUCUUUCGCUAAUUAAAAUUCGAUUCAAAAUCUAAUAAUUUAUAUACAGAUAUAUCCUAACUUUCGCAUCUUGAUCUGUUGUUUUCCAUUUCCCCAGCAGAUCCAGCCAUGGAUUUCAUGAAGGUCUUUGAUCAAACUGUCCGUGAAAUAAAGAGAGAGGUUAAUUUGAAGGUGUUGAAGGUUCCAGAGAUUGAACAAAAGGUGUUGGAUGCGACGGAUGAUGAACCUUGGGGUCCUCAUGGUACAGCGUUGGCAGAGAUUGCAAAGGCCACAAAUAAAUUCUCCGAAUGUCAGUUGGUUAUGAAUGUCCUCUGGACAAGAUUGACCGAGACUGGCAAGGACUGGCGAUUUGUAUACAAGUCAUUAACUGUUAUAGAGUACCUGGUGGCUCACGGAUCAGAUCGUGCUGUUGAUGACAUAAUAGAGCACACCUUUCAAAUAUCUUCUCUGGCAAGUUUUGAGUAUGUUGAGCCAAGUGGAAAGGACCUUGGAAUCAAUGUAAGAAAAAAGGCAGAAACUAUUGUGACUCUUCUGAAUAACAAAGACAAAAUACAAGAAGUAAGAAGUAAAGCUGCUACGAAUCGUGAGAAGUAUAUUGGAGUUUCAUCAUCUGGAAUAACAUACAAAUCAGGUGCAGCCUCUUUCACUAGUUCUAGCUCUAAGAGUAGUGAUCGAUAUGGAGGUUUUGGUAAUCAAAGAGACAGCGAGACGUUUAGUGAUAGUUACAACGACAAGGAUCAAUAUGGUGAAGAUAAAUAUGUGAAGUCUACUACAUCAAAGAAAGAGUCUUCUCGUUACGGCAGCAUGGGUCAAGACUCUCCUGCCAAAACUGCAUCAAAAACAUCAACAAAGACUAGCAAGCCAAAUAUACAGGCUUCAGUUACCUCACCACCUUCAGAACAAUAUGAUGAAGAUUUUGAUGACUUUGAUCCACGUGGGACUUCUAGUGCCAAACCUUCUUCUGGAAGUCAACAAGUAGAUCUAUUUGGGCAAGAUUUUGUCGGUGACCUUUUGGAUGCACCCGUAUCUGUUCCAACCCAUAAGUCUAAUUCAUUGGACGAUGAUUCAUCAGAGGUUGAUUUAUUUGCUGAUGCUGCUUUUGUAUCAGCAACACCCCCACCAGCAGGAGGGAAAAUUCCUGAGCCUCAGAUCAAUGUUGAUCUAUUUUCCUCCCAGCCUACCCCUUCUCCUGCUGUUUCUACAGCAACGGAUUUCUUUGCUGCACCUAAUCCAGCUUCCCAACUCAAUAGCCAAGCGUCAAAAUCUGCCAACAUUGUCGAUCCAUUUGCUGAUGUUCCGUUGAACAAUUUUGAUGGAUCUGAUCCUUUUGGCGCCUUCACUUCUAACGCAGAUCCUAUUUCAACAUUUUCUAACCAAAAUUCUUCCAAUGAUGAAACCCAUGGAAACAUGAAGGGAACUUCCACUGAAACCAAGCCCCCAUCAAAGGAUGCUUUUCAAGUCAAAUCUGGAAUAUGGGCAGAUUCUUUGAGCCGGGGACUAAUUGACCUAAAUAUAACCGCACCUAAGAAGGUCAACCUAUCGAAUGUUGGUAUUGUCGGUGGGUUAACUGAUGGAUCAGAAGAGAAAGACAAAGGGCAUUUGCCUUCAUUUUACAUGGGCAAAGCUAUGGGUGCUGGAACUGCAGGUGGUAAAUCUGGGUUCACAUCAACACCAUUAGAUGAUGACUUCUUCUCGAGCCUAAGCACCCAACAAGACCAAUUUGGAAGCUUUCAGAAAUGAAUUAUUAUUAUUAUUAUUAUUAUUAUUAUUAUUAUUAUUAUUUCUCACCUGAAGGAAGUGCUGGUAUUUGAUUACUACAUUUUCACUUGAGAUUGUAAGGGUUUGAUUUUCUUAUCAUGUGAAGCUUGUAAACAGGAGAUGUAUAUUUGUGCUUGGAUGUCGUUUUUGGUUACAUGUAAGCUUGUUCGUGAGAGAUGUAUACUUGUGUUCAGUUACCUGUAAUUUCUAUCA